AGGGGUAGGCUUGCCUACUCGACCCCUCCGUCGUUGCGUUCGUCUUCCGUGGCAGCGAAGUGUGGCGCGGCCCAUUCCCGAUAGGGGAAAAAAGAAGGGAAAAAAAAGCGAGCGCGCGAGCGCGCGAUAGAGAGCACGUGCACGCGUCCGUGUGGACGCGUGUUGGACGGACACACACACUCAGACACAGAGAGAGAGAGAGGGGCAAAGAGACCCUCAUUGACAGACAGGGACAGGGACGUGCAGACCCACGUAGACAGACAGACAUGUUCGAUCGGAUAAUUCAGAGGGAGAGAGAGAGAGACAGGUUGCAGGGUGGGGUUGUGACAAAGGAACACAAGGAGAUACCCGAACAGCGGUACUAGUAGCAACUUAUCAGUCAGAAGGGAAGUGAAGAAGAGAAGGAGAUGGAAGCGGAUGAGAUUAAUCUCGUUUUAACUCGGGCGUCGGAGCUCCAUGCAAAGAUAAGUGAUGCCAUCGAGAGAAGUCUGAAGGUUGAUUUGGCUUUCGGUGGCAAUGGGGGCAUUUGCAGCCCCAGCACGGUUCUAGAUCAGGACCUUGCAUCUGCCAGAAGCGCCUACAGCCAUUCCCGCAGCGAUGUCUCUGCCACCGACUUGGACGUUGAUCAUUACCAAUCCCGGCGCUUUGGUUUCCCUUCUUCCGAGAAAGGCCUUGCCAUCGCCGGCAGUAUCGAGGCUCGCAAUCUUGGUUUGAUCAAAGAUGCACUGGAGUCCCUUGAGGAUCAACUGGAGCGAUUGCAGAUUCUGCAGCAGCAGCAGAAACACGAGAAAGACGGCGUGCUUGCGGAACUGGAGGAGAGUCGCAGACUGCUGCUACAGCGCCUAAGGGAUCAUCGCGGCCUCGAAUGGGAGGUGGUACACGAGGUGUUGACUUUUGCAGGUGAGCCGAUCGAAUCUCGGCCAGAGCUGUGGUCAGGGAUAUCUGCUCCGCAUGCCGCUCCCCCUCCAGCCUUGCCGCACAUGCGUUCCGUGCCUGCUCUUCCUCUUCCUCUUCCUGCUGCUGCUGAUGGCGCCCGUCUUUCUCCCCCCCCUGGUUUAUCAGGCUUCGAGCCGUCGUCGGUUCUGCAGUCCACCACCAAGCUUUUGUCCAGUGCAUCUCAUCACUCUCGUGUCGACGCCCUGCCGCCGGGUGUCGUCAGACUGGUCCCGUCGGCUCAGCGCGACAGCGCUUCCGAGAGGAUGGGACUCGGCGAUGGCGGCGGCAUGUUAGAUUACUAUUCUUCGUGCUCUCAGGGCACUGCGUUAGGGGACGAGGCAACAGUGUCCGUCUCCGCCGCGUCGAAGGUGCAGGCGAUGGCGUCUCGCGGCCUCGAUGAUAAUGAUGGGCGGGAGAAUCUUCGUCGAGCCUGCGCGGUCGUUGGCCAUGCUUUCCGCAUUGCAACGCGGGUAGUCGGCUUCUCUGUCAAGGUAGCGAUAGUGGGUGCCACGGUCACUGGGUUCUUGGUGGCUGGCGACGCCGUUAUGAACAGAGGCGGAGCGGCGGCGGCGGGAGAGGACAGGGGCGGGGAAAACUCGUUGGCGGCGUGGAUGAAGGCGGCCGUGAUGGGGAAGGGGAGGAGGGAGCGCGGUGAAGGGGCGGGCGGGGGAAAUGAAAAUGUCUUUCCGAAGAGAACCAGGGGGGGGAGGAAUCGCCGGAGUGAGGGGCAAACGCACCGCGGUCUUGCUAGAGAGGAGGGAGGUGUGGGAGACGGGGUGGUAGGAGCCGCAGGAAUGCACCGCAUGAUGAUGAUAAUGGGAGUAGGGGGGGAACCACGCGAGGAAGGCCCCGCCGGUGAGCCGGUAAGGUUGACAAAGUCCCCGGAUGUGAUGACUGGCAGGGGUUAAUUAAUUCUAUCGUUUGGAUUGGAUGAUGACUUGCAGCCGUUCAUACUUACUAGUAGUAACAUUAUUCUACUUCCUCCCUUUCUCUCCUAUCUAAUCCCCUCCUCUUCCCCCCUGUCUCUCUAUGAGAUUGAGAUUGAUAUUGAGAGAAUGAGAUUGCUACGUAACACAAGGGGACGCUGGCGCGUCUGUGUCAUGUGACGCGUGGCAACGACAGGAGUUAGCACGGAAGACCAGACAGCAAAUGGCAUGCGCCAUGUUGCCAGCGCUCUGGCGGGCACUCAAAAUUUCAAGUAUUUCCUUAGGUCAUUGUAGCUCUACAUUGUAUAUUGGCUGGGGCUGGGAUGCUGGGACCGGGUACCGUUGUUCCCAAGAGCUCCUUGUGCACGGACGAGACCUGGACUCUGUGGUCAUAUGAUGAUGAUCAUAUCCUGUAAGAGUUGUUUUUCUAGACGACGGUGGCUUUGCGCAUUCGGGAUUCGACCAAGGGGAGA